AUGUGACAUUAUUAGAUCUAGAGUCUAAGAUCAACAAUGGCUGCCAGUUGUGAAAAGCUAGAUCAGCUGGUCAAAGACUACCUAUUGUUUAGGGGGUUUUCGACUACGUUAAAAAUACUUGACCAAGAACUAAAAACUGAUAAAGAUAAGGGAUUGCGGGUCGACCGUAUGAUGGAACAAAUUUGGACUUAUCUCUCCAACUUUGAUUUACAAGGUCUCCGAGAUUAUUGGCGUUAUUUAAACCAGAGACUUUUCUCCCGACUGGAACAGCGUUAUGCUCUGAGUGUUCGGAAGCUGGAAAGCAGCCUGCUGAAAUUAUACGUUGUGAAUGCUCACCAGGGAGGAAAGCAAGAAAAAGUUUUAGGGUUCUAUGAACAGCUUGGAGCUGAUUUACAAACUCAUCCAGACUUUAAAGAUUGGUUUGCUUUUCCAUUCGUGACUAACCCGGCAGAAAAUCCAAUGUUUUCUUUAUAUUUUACCAAACAAUGGCAAGACACGCUCCAGCUUUCUCUACACAACUUUCUUUCUGUUGUGUUGCAAGCAAUGCCAGUUCCAACAUUGCUCAAUGUGGAGUUUGAUGCCAGGCGCAUGAAGACAUUACAGGAAGAGAAUACAUCCUUAAAACAACAGUUGAUGAAUUCUGCUACAGCAACUGUAGAUAUGGGUGCUGAAGCUAAAGUGAAACCAAGACAUGCUGUUCAUAUGGAUCUCCCCCCACCUCCUUCUCCUCCUGAUAUGGUCUAUGAUUUUUCUGGAUUAGCCAGUGACAGUGACUCUUCAAAUCAAGAGAAACAAAAGACCACAAGGCGAUUUUUAAGUCUUACAUCCCCACUGAUGGGUCGAAAGAAAUCAGAUGCUGCAUCAAUCAAACCUAAAACCACAGGAGCAGCUGCUCCUGCAGCUUUAGUUAUUUCUGGAGCACAGGGGAAGCUUUCCAAAGUUGUAGAGACUACGACAACACCAUCAUUGAUAACUGCAUCCGAAGGAAGAAAAAUGUCAGUUCCAUCCUCACAUCCAUCCUCAAUCACAGCAGCAUCAGAAGCUGCUAAAAGCCAACCUUUUUCUAAAGUAUUUGGGAGUUCAGGUUCUUCUCAGCAGCUGUCUUCCCUGAUCAGGCAUGCCACAUUCUCAGCAGGAGAUACACACCCUUCAUCCUCACUCACAACAAAUAGAUCCUUAUCAGUUCCAGCAAACAAAUUGCCAGCUUCAUCCAAGAAGAUCCUAGAUGCUGUUAAAAAGAAGCCAGAAACUCAGCUAUCAGGCUUAUCAAGUACUGAAGUGCCCAAUGCUGCAUCUGCCUUGGAAGCAGUUUCAGAUCAAGAUGUAACAGAUUCGGAUUGUCCAUUUUUACUUUUAGAGGUUGAUGAAUAUAUUGAGCACAGCUCAGCUGCUGCCUUCUGUCGUUUUUCCCUGUCAGGGCAGUAUGUUGCCAGCCUAGAUGUGGAUGGCAUUGUCAAAGUUUGGAUGUGGAGUCCACAGCCUGCUACGAUUGCUACAGUUAUGUCCAAGUCUGCUUUUUUAUCUCUGGCAUGGGCUAGCAAGUCUGACAGAUGGCUGUUACUAGGCAACAAGACAGGCUCUCUUCGCUUGUUUGAUUUAAAAGACAGCAAAGCCCAUAAAGAAGUUUUAGUCAGUCCAGACAAUCCAGCUAAUUGUAUGCGGGUGACAGACUUGUCCAUUAGUCCAUCAAGUUCACAGUUUGCCUGUGCCACAGCUGAUUACUGCCCUUUCUCAACCAGUCUGAAUAAUGUUAGUGGACGAUUGUUUCUCUGGGAUCUUCGAAGUCUAAAAAUGGAGAGAAUGUUGCCUGUUGAAUCUGUUUUGUGUAAUGCUAUCACCUGUUCCUCUUACAGUCGCAACAGCCAGACUCUGUUGACUGGAGGUGCUGAUGGUACACUUAGAUUAUAUGAUGUCCAUUCACAAAAACCUGUGAUCAAAUGGCCUGGACAUGAUUCACCAAUUCAUACAGUUCAUUUCCAUGGUGAUAAAUCUGUUUAUAGCAUGUCGGCUGAUGGGAAACUGUAUGAAUGGAAUUUGUCUUGCCCUGGUCAAGUUAUUAACAGUUUGAAUUGUGGAACACGAGACUUUUUAGCUAAUAAACCCGGAAGCUGUAGAGGUCGUCUUUUUGCACUUGAUACUGAUUAUGAUCAAUAUUUAUUAACUUACAAUGGCCGAAGGGGCUCAAUUUACAAGAUUCUUGAUGCUUCUUGCCCUACUCUUGCAAUGGAUUUAAAGCUUCAUCAGUCUCCUGUGGUUAGUGUAGACUGGUCAUCUUCACAGGGCACACGAGUCUGUCUCACAAGCUCAGCUGAUGCCAAAAUUAAGAUAUCUACUUUAUUAUCCAAGUAGACUUUUGAAACAUGACUUUUGAACUAUGACAUACCAUUGGUGAAUUUUUUUCUUUGUUUUGAAAACACUUUUUCAAUUGUCAUUAAAAUUUUAUGUUUCAUUGGCACUCAUAUCUUCAUUGACUGAUCAGAUGUCUGUGUCAGAAAAACUUUCUAUUCAUGCUUCAUUCACAUUAUUUCCCCAGAAUUUUUUUUUUCUUUAUAAGCAAAAUGUAAUGUACUUUUUAUCUAUUCAUUCCAUUGAUCCUUGCAGGAUAAAACCGUAUUAAUAAGUCUUUUGAAGGUAAAUGUUUUUCUUUUAAACAGAGCUGAAUAUUUGGUUAACUGUAAUUUGUCUUUUUUUUUUUUUUGGAUAUCAGAUAUUAUAAUGUAAUAUCUAUGUAUUUUUUUAAUAGAUGAUCUUGUUUCCCCAGAGUUAAACUUUUUUCUUCUAAUAAUUCUUAUAUAUGAUGCAACUUGUCAAGUAGUGCACUGGCUAUAAUAAACUGUGUUAUAAUUUAUUAAAAAUGUUUUUCUACAAUCAUUGCACAAUCACUUUUUUUUUUUUAAAGGGAUUACUAAAAAAAAAAUCAUGAAUAGGUUAAAUAACAUAAUUAGUCCAUUUAUCUAAAACUGGUCACCAUCUAAGUCACUCUAAUGUUAUAGAGGGGGUUCUAUGUCUCCUAAUAAAACCUAAAAUAAUAAAUAGUAACCAAAAAAAAAU